CACGUAUUCAACCCUGAGAAAAGUCGUUUAAAUUUCAUUCAUGAGCAUUUUUUUUUGGUUUUGAUUUUUAUUUAUUAAAUAUUAGAAAUUUUUCAACUAUUAAUUAAAUAUAUAUAAAUAUUAACUAAAUAAUGAAUUUAACUUCUGAAGAAUUACGUAAAAAAAUUAAACAACUAUUUCCAAAACGAUUUUAUAAUCUCACAAAUGAAGCACUCGAUGAACUUUGUAGUGAUUCAACUUCAAAUGAUUUUUUAUUAUGGUUUUGCAAUGAAUUAUCACCUGAUUAUGUUUUAACUGAAGAGGAAAUUAAAUUAGGAGAAGAAAUUAAAAAAUCUGGUAAAUGGCUUAAAGGAGAGGAAUUAGAUGAAGCAUUAUCGGAAGUAGUUGUUGAAAAUCCGGAUUUUUUACAAAUUUUAGAAUCAGAUGUAACGGAAGAUGAUUUAUUGGCAAAUUUUACAUCUGUUAAAAUAGUUCACAAUUUUGAUGAAAAUUAUCUACAAUCACUUGAAAAUGGAAUAAAAAACUUUAAAAAUAUAGAGAGUAAUUUAGAUGAGCAAAUUGAAAGAGAAAAUGAUGAAUUGGAAAAAGUGAAAAUUGAAGAAAAACUUACAUUUGAGGAAAGUAUUGAAAUAAUGGAAAAAUUUGAAUCUAUUCAACGUCAACUUUCAGAACAAGUUGAACAACUUGUUUCUAUUUAUUCUGACGCUUCUCAAAAGAAAUGCGCACCUUGCCUUUGGACACAAUUACCUUUGGAUUUAUUUGUAAAACACAUGGAAACAUAUAAUGAAUAUUUAAAAGUUUACAUUAAAAAAGAAUUUGGAACAUCAACUGACGAUGUUGUUAAUGACGAUGAUCGUUCAUCAUCAAUUAAUACUGAAUCCGAUAUUAAUUUAGAUUAUUCAAACGAAAAACAAAAUUUAGAAAAGAAAAUCAUUGAAUUAAAAAAUAUUCAACAAAGACUCAAUAAAACAAAAUUAUCGCAAAUUUUGGCAAAAGGAAGAAAAGAUGCAACUCAAGCAAUGAUAAAUUAUGCGGAAAAAAUUUAUAACAAUGGCAAUGUUUUAAUGCCAAAAACAUCAGCGCUUCUUAGAGCCGACAUUGCGGAGCUUAAAGUAAAACGUGAUAAUUUAGAAAAACAAGUGACAAUUUUAAAAGAACAUCAAAUACCCGUGAUUUGUGAGAGAUUUGUGAGUUCAAUGUUAAAUAAAGUUCUUGUUGAUAAUGCAAAAGCAACACAAGAAAGAAGGGAAUAUUCUAUUAAAAAAUUACAACAACUUCUUUCACUUGUUAGAAAUCAUGGUCACGUACAUUCUGAUUUAUUAUAUAUUUUAGUUGAACUUGAAAAUCAAAAAUUAACACAAAUCGAAGAAUUUGUUUCCGAUGUUCGUAAUUAUCUUGAUAUGGAAUAUUCAUCAUGCACCAAACGUUGUAUUUGGAUGGAAAAAGCAAAAAAUAAAAUUUCUUCCACUUCAUCAUUUACUUUUGUAAAUGACAAUAUUUUUAAUAAAUAUUUUACAGCAAUGAUGAAAAUUGAAGAAAAUCCAAAUUCAUUGGAAAUGGCAUUUGAAAAAUUCAAUGAAAUUUUAAAUGAAAAUAUGAAAUUAAAAGAAAAUCUUUUAGAAACAAUGAAUAGUAAUGUUAAUAAUUUACAAUUAUUUGAUCGAACAUUGAUAAAUAGUUAUAAUCGUGAAAUACAAAAUUCAGGAGGAUUUUCACUCGAAGUUGAAGGACAAAUUAAUAAAACCGAAAGAAAUCUCAGUGGAUUACAAAUGGAAAUUACGAUAAUUAGAAAUAAAUUAAAGGAAAUGAUGGAAAAAAUUGGUGGAUUAGAAAGAGAAAAAACAAUUCUUUGGCAGAAAUUUUUAGCCGAACCAGAAGAAUUAAAAAUAAGGUAUGAACAAUUAAUGGAAAUGUCUAAUCAAAUUUGUUUGGAAUAAUUUUAGAUAACUAUUAUUGUAUUAUAUUUAUUUAUUUUUUUACACAAUAAUAAUAAUUUUUUUUUUUUUUUUUUUUUUUUUUUUUGAAUGAAAUAAAAUUGUUAAACAAAUUUGAUAAACUAUUAUUUUUAAAUUUAA